AUGCUGCUGCUGCUGCUGCUGCCGCCGCCGCUGCUGCUGAUGACCAUCCGACAUGCUCUGCCCGACGCCAGCUGGGAGUGCAGAACGGCGACGUGUCUCCACCAUGUGUCCGCUGCGGCCAUGGCAGGCAUCUGUUUGCGCGCACGCAGGACGUCCGAAGAAGCUGUCGAGCAUGGGGCAUGGGCUCCAAACUACUGCCGCAAGGAGCUCCCUGCAGGAAUCGUCGCAGGCGCCACAGACGCCGCCGAAUGGUCCCUCGCAAAGCCAGCUCGCGCUUACAAAGGCGCCUUGUCACGGCGCUGCACGAAUGGCAUGAAGAGAGUGCGAGCAGCGGCAGCCUGCGUCGCGCAUAAUGCUGGCAUGGCAAACUGCCGAUUCGCUCACCGCCAGACGCACUCGUCAGGCAGCUCGUCAGUCGCUAGAAUUCACGAACCAAUCCUCUGUGAUGGAGCAACGACAGGCAGGUGA